UUCCCGGGAUUGUGCGCCGCUAUUCUGAACGGUGUUGUCUGCAAAAAUAUAGGAUUGCAUUAAAACACCCGGGAUUCCAUUUUGAUGAGAAACGACGUGUUCCAUCGCUGCUCGCGGAGGCGUUCUGAGACCGUGCCAGUGUUGGGAGGAGAUGUUGUUUAUUUUAUUCAGACGCGACUGAAGCGAUUUUAAACGCGUCGCUGGACCGCCGUCCAGUCGGGGCUUAUCGCCGGAUCUCUGAACCUGUCUUACUCCGUUUAUAAUUCUCAGUGGCAAAUAGCUACGUAUUACAAGCGUACCAUAAGCUAUUCAUGAAAACCAAGCAUGUCAGGUAAACACUACAAGGCGCACGAAGUCAGUUGCUGCAUCAAAUAUUUUAUAUUCGGUUUCAAUAUAAUAUUUUGGCUGCUGGGAGUGGCCUUCCUUGGGAUCGGGCUUUGGGCAUGGAGCGAGAAGGGGGUGCUGUCAAACAUUUCCUCCAUCACAGACCUGGGGGGGUUUGACCCGGUGUGGCUGUUCCUGGUGGUGGGCGGGGUGAUGUUCAUCCUGGGCUUCGCCGGCUGCAUCGGGGCCCUGAGGGAGAACACCUUCCUGCUCAAGUUUUUCUCGGUGUUCCUGGGGAUAAUCUUCUUCCUGGAGCUGACCGCCGGUGUCCUGGCCUUCGUCUUUAAAGACUGGAUCAAAGACCAGCUCAACUUCUUCAUCAACAACAACAUUAGGGCCUACCGUGACGACAUCGACCUGCAGAACCUCAUCGACUUCACCCAGGAAUACUGGGAGUGCUGUGGGGCCUUUGGUGCUGAUGACUGGAACCUGAACAUCUAUUUUAACUGCACUGAUACCAACCCCAGCCGGGAGAAGUGUGGAGUGCCCUUCUCCUGCUGCACCAAGGACCCUGCGGAGGAUGUCAUCAACACCCAGUGUGGCUACGACAUUCGAGCUAAAGAGGACUCAGAACAGAAGAUGUUCAUCUACAUCAAAGGCUGCGUUCCGCAGUUCGAGAAGUGGCUCCAGGAGAACCUGACGGUGGUGGCGGGAAUCUUCAUCGGAAUCGCACUCUUACAGAUUUUCGGUAUUUGUUUGGCACAGAAUCUGGUGAGCGACAUCGAAGCUGUGCGCGCAAGCUGUCUCUUCACCUGAGAGUGUGGCUCUCUCUCUCCUCUCCCCUGACCUGACAGCGCAGGUCCGACGCACACCUGGAGCUCACAAACAGGAGAGGAGAGACGGAGAUCUGACACCAUGUACAGAGAAGACAAACUCUUUCACCUUUUAUUACCUGUAAAUAUGGAUACUUUUGUAGCUGUUACAUGAGUUUUUAAGAAGAUAUUCGGCUGUGUCAAACACGGCUUGUAAGAUAUGUCCGGAAAAAAAGAAGAAGAAUAACUUGAGAAGUGAAAAUUGUGGGUGGGGAGUGGAGCUCUGUGGAAAGACACUGCAGACCUGCUGACGGGCUCUGGGCUCCUCUGUCUGAAGACACUGCAGGCCAGCUGAAGGACUCUGGGCUCCUCUGUCUGAAGACACUGCAGGCCAGCUGAAGGACUCUGGGCUCCUUUGACUGCACUACCAUGGAAAAAGGGUUCCAGUGUAUUUGUAUCUACUGACGAGGAGGAGUGUAUACAGGUCGUUGUAUUUGUACCACGUCAAAACACACCGAGGGUAGAAUGUUUGGAAGAAAAGAAACAGUACUGUACUUUAGUAACCGACAGCCAUGGCACUGACGUCCACUCCAGGCUCCAUCGUACAAAUCUGCAGUAAUUAACAUCAAAGUAGGUUAAUUACCUGGGAUCUAAAUUAAUGUAUUUUAUUGAUCUCUCACCCACUCUGUGCUCUGUGACUGUGUGGUGGGCGGGGCUACCCUGGCGAUGUAAUACGCAUCAGUCAUUUACCCGCCGCCCCUUCUGCAUUUUAACAUUUCCAAUCAGCAAAAACAAGAACUCGCACCUCAGCAAAAUGGCCGCCAUUGCGUCACCCGGAUGGGCGCUGCACAUCGAUGGCGGCUGAGGAGAGUUUCCCCCACGUCACUGUAAAGUGCUUUGAGUCACCGGCUGAUGGGGAAAAAGCCCCAUAUAAGGAAUUAUUAUCCGUUAUUAAUAAGCGGUGAGUCAGAACGUAUGGGUUAUCCAGUGGGCUGUUGGCUCCCAGUUGAACCACUGCUCUUCAGAAAAUAGCUCUUUUUUUCGCUAUGUUUGCGCGGGUCAAGCAUGUCUCCGCGGGCAGCUCUGGUAACAGCAUUACCAUGUCAAACUGUGCCAAAACACAUUUCUUCCCCAGGAGUAAAGAACAAAACUUGUGUAAAUACUGCUCCAGGUCAAGUGGCAUCCUGGUUAACUUCUAACCAACACGAUGUUUAGUGUAACAAUGGCUGUGCGUGAGGUUCUUAACACCUUCACCAGUGUGUCAUUACAAGUUUAUAAAGGUAGCUAUAAACAAAUGAUUAGCUUUAUAAUAGCAAGACGGGGGCUUGGAUGUUAUCGUGGGGGUUUAAUUUUAUUACUGCUAUAAAUGUAAAAGUGUUAACAAAUCUUGUUUCGGAAGUUAAUAGGAAUGCUCUUGUUCUGUCACACGAUUCCAAACCUUUGCAUCUUGAAAUCCUCCGUCAGCGAUUAGGUAGAAGCUGUCGCAGCUCUCGUUGAGUGCCAUAAAUAACUAAUCAUGUAUUAGACAUUUUUCUUUUUGGUCGUUUACACAGAUUUGUGAAGCUACGAGGGCCGUAAAUGUGCUAAAAUAAGCUGUGUGGACCUGGCCUCAGUCUCUGACACCAUCCACAAACCUUAUCAGGAGUUGUUGUUUUUUUACACCAGUCACCAACAACUCACCUGCCUCUGAUUGGCCUAUAUGCGUACACCGUAGAGGCUCAUUGGCUCAGAGGCAUGCGGUGAGUGGCCGGUGAAUAAAACAACGUCUCAGCUGGUGGGUCUCUCCAGGGCUAUGCCCUUGCACUUUCAUAGGCGAGAAGCAUCUCGCGAUUUAUAUUUUAAAUGAUGGAUUUAAACGCUCUGUUCAUUAGUAAUAAGAUCCGUGCACUUGUGGUGCAUAUUCAGUCGAUAGAUGGGACAGCAUUUCAACAUCGAUGUGGGCCAUUGCCAUCUUAAACCGACACACUGUCCGUCCUUUACUUUACAACACUGGGGGAAAAAUAAGCCUGCUGGUUUUCUUAUUAUUGUCAGUUAUUUCAUUACUAUUAGCCGAGGGCCACACUAUUGGAAUGUGUACCACCUGACUGUACUUUGUGCAAUUGCCUUUUCCUGAGACUGUAGACGCGGGAGAAAGGUGUAAACUUUUAUUAAAAAAGGGAGGUCAUA